AUGGAUAUUGAUACUCUUAAUGUUGGUAAAAUUGUUGAAAUCGUGUCUUCAAAGAAAUAUAUUGAUGACAACGACGAGCAAUUAGAUAUAUCACAGGUUCCAAAUAAUCAUUUACCUACUAGUCCUUCACUCACUAGUACUUCAGGUUCAAUGGAGAUUGAUAAUCUUGAUGUUGAGGUAUCACCAACCACUAAUAUUGGUAAACCCAUCGAAAUUGUGUCUUCAGAGAAUGAUGACAAUGAAGAGCGAAUAGAUGCAACACCAAGAAAUUAUGUUGAUAAACCCGUCGAAAUUGUGUCUUCAGAAGACGAUGAAAAUGACGACGAGAAUGCCUACGAUGACGACGGUGAACAAAUAGAUGCAACACCUGUCGAAAUUAUGUCAUCGAAGAGAAAAUAUGAUGAUGAUAACGUUGAGCAAAUAGAUACAACAUCUUCGACGUUAGAGAAUGACGACGAUGAUGACGAUGAGCAAAUCGAUACAACAUCAACAACAAAUAAUCGUGAUCUUGCGCAAGGUGAAAUUGUUGACGCUAUCAAUGAUAUUAUCACAGAGUUUCUGGUCGAGUUGGGUAACAAAUCAUUUAAGAAAGAAAUUCAACAUUUUAAUAAAGAGAUCGAAUUGCAUUUGCUUGAGCAGUCUGAUAUUGUUGAUGAACAAAUAAAGCUGCAAUCAUCUUUAAGGAAAUCCAAAUUGCGAACGAAUCAUUUGAGAAAGGAAUUAUUGGAUGUUCAACGUGAACGUGAUAGUGUUUGUAAGGAAUUGGCAAAUGAAAGAAGAGCAUUCGCAAAAGAAGAACAAGACAGAAAGAAACUAGAACAAGCGCAUAACUUCCUCACGGAUAUUGAGACUUUACGUGAGGCUGUUGAUGCUGAAGAUAAUAUGCAAGAUGAAGAAGUAUUGGAUGGUUUUAAGGGUCUGUUAGUAUCCGUUACAUCUCGUUGUAGUGAUAUUUCACUUUCAUCAUCAUCUAAUGCUUCAGUUCAGAAAUGUUUCACAAAAGGAAAAGUUUCAUUAGACGAGGCUUCGGGAAGUUUGGGUAUAUUAUGUCGGUUCAAUAUGUUACUUGAACUGUAG